GUGCGCGGAAGCACCGUUGCAGCGUUGCAACCUUGGCAGCCGCGUCGAGAGCCGGUAUUUCCGUCUCGCUUCUUUCACGUGCGCGUUCGUUGGGCCGCUCGGUCGUGACCUCGCCGGGGCUGUCGGCCGGGAUUACGCUGUUUUGACGCGGGUUCCUUGGCCGCCUCAGCGUCGCGUUGAUUUUGUUAUUCGUUGCCUGAAGUGCUGUCGGUAUAUCUUGGUAUACCAGUGCUACAGUGUGCCGCCGGCUUGCUCCUCGUCUAUUCAUUCGCCGCAUCUUGCGAUGUGGGCGACCAGCGGGCGUGGUCACUUCGUCAAGCCGGACCACUUGGUGCCAGGCGCCGCCGACUACGUGGCCAAACACAGCGGUCCGCUUCAUCCCGUGCUCGCGAAGCUCUGCCAGGUGACCCAGGAGCAGCUCUAUCCUGGAAUGAUGAGCGACACGGCGCAGCUUCAGCUUUUCGACAUCCUCCUCAAAACCACUGGAGCCAGGCAUUACCUGGAAAUUGGCGUUUUCACUGGCGUGAGCGCACUGGCAGCCGCCCUCGCGCUUCCACCAGACGGUCGGGUCACUGGACUGGAGGUCAACGCAGAAACUGUUAACGUCGGGAGGCCAUUCUGGAAAGAGGCUGGCGUCGAUGACAAGAUUAACAUUAUAAUUGGUGACGCGAAGAAGUCCCUGGAUGAGCUGAUCGCCCGAGGCAAAUCAAACUCCUUCGACUUCAUUUUCAUCGACGCCGACAAGAAGUCCAUCGACGAUUACUACGAGAGGAGUCUGCAGCUGGUCAAACACAACGGCAUCAUCGCUGUCGACAACGUUCUAUGGCACGCGAGGACAUUCAACCCGACCGCCAACGACCUUGACACAGAGGCCAUCCGGCGGCUGAACCAAAAGCUGGCGACCGACGAGCGAGUACAGAUCAGCAUGGUCACCGUGGCCGACGGUGUCACCUUCGUGCUCAAGAAGUGAACGCCCGAAGCAAAUGAACGCCGAUUUGAACCCGUUUAUUUGUAUAGGCAUCCAGCCCGAGAUCGACCGUACGGCCGCACUAGGGCCUCUUCCAACUAUCGCAUUCGAAGGUCACCUGCGUGCAAGAACACCGCUGCGACGCAGUGGCUGAAACAUGUGUUCUUCAUUGCCACUACAGCAGCCGUUGUGGCUUAACUGCUGUGCCGCUGCGCUGCGAUGCACGAGGUCGUGCAGUCGAUUGCCGGCCACGCCGGCCGCAUUUUUGUAAGGACCAAAUGCAAAAACACUCAUAAUCAUGUUGUGGGUUCAGCGUGUAGAAUGUCAAAAUAAAUUUCUCUGCAACAGCAAUAA